AUGUGCAUGUGCAUAUAUGAUGUGAUAUUGAAUGAAGGACGUAUUGGAAUAGCAGCUCAAAUGAUAGGACUUGCACAAGGAGCAUAUGAUCAUGCAUUACCUUAUUUAUUCCAAAGGGAACAAUUUGGUCAAUUUAUUGGUGACUUUCAGGGAAUGCAACUGCAAUAUGCACAAAUUGCAACUGAAAUUGAAGCCGCCAGAUUAUUGACAUAUAAUGCAGCUAGAAUUAAACAAGAAGGAAAAAGCUUUAUUAAAGAAGCUGCAAUGGCUAAAUUAUAUUCUUCUCAAAUAGCAGAAAAGGCUGCAUCUAAAUGUAUCGAGUGGAUGGGUGGUGUCGGAUUUACUACAGAAUUUCCAGUCGAGAAGUAUUACAGGGAUGCAAAAAUAGGUGCAAUUUAUGAGGGAACCUCAAACAUUCAAUUAAUUACAAUUGCUAAAGAAAUUAAAAAAAAAUAUGCAUCAUAA